GUCUCGCCCCUGCCUCCCGCCGCUUCCGACAUCACCCAAGGGAAUCCUCUCGGUGGUUCUCCGACUGUUCCAACACUUCCCCAUCAGCCUGUUCCGUUUGUUUGCUUGAUGGAUUUGUGUGUUCUAGCUGAAACUCUUACUGCCCUCGUGCAGCUUCCCUCUCUUUGGGUCAUUACCUCGCUUAUGAGGACUUGUCAAGCCCCUCUUGUAGUCUUUACAGAGAUCUUCCCUAUCCCCCCGUUACCCAAGUGGUUGAAGGUUACAUCUCUAGAUCUGAAGCAUCUCUACCCUAAUAACAGCUUAUCUCACAAGCAAGGCAUGUCUCAAUGGUACUCAAGAGCAGAAAAGGAAAAAUGGCUCGAAAGUUCAAGGAGACCUCCCAGGAAAGCUCCGGUUCGCAUUCCAGAAAGUGACAACUCAGCUCUUAUUGAGAAGAACAAGCUCACCCUUAUUGGCAGGACGCUUGAAAGGAUCAAAGAGGAUAAGUGUAGACAGGAUGAAUUGAGAGCCACAAGAUACACUCACCAAAAAACCCAACAGAGAACCUUUCAGCCCCGUCACCAAGAGGAUAGAAUCAUGGCUUUGAAAUCCCGCCACCAUACUUCGGAGGCAAGACGAGAUAGCUACCAGGAUAACUCACGGCAUCUCCCAGAGGACAGGGACAACCGACAUGUAUCUUCACAUAGGCUUGAUCGCUCUAGCUCCAGGUAUGGGGACCCAACAACUGAAAAAUCUCGGGAUUCACGUAACCAAAGAAUCCCUAACAGAGACUCCUGC